CCUCUCUCAGUGCUAUAUAGAUCUCAGAGCAUUCCGGCGCAAAUGUGAAAACUACUACAGACUACAUGAAGUAAAACAAGUCAAAAAUCAUGGAGCAAGUUAUGAUGGUUAUUCUGUUCAUAACACUGCUAAAAGGUUUCAAUCAAGAGCAGAUUUUGCUACCACCAUCACCAAUCAAUAAGGAAGUUGGAGGAAGUGUGCUUUUUACCACAAUGCCUUUCUCUCAGCCAAUAAAAGCUAUCAGAUGGAACUUUAAUAGCAGUGAUUUCAUCACCUAUUCUGACCCAGGACCUGCGGUAGUGGACACCCAAUACCAGGGUAGAGUUGUUCUGAACUAUACUACAGCAGAACUGGAGCUAAUAUCCCUGACCAUGGCUGACUCUGGAAAGUACACUUUAACCGUGACAUUUACAAAUGGUAUAGGGAUUGCGAACCAUACUUUCCUGGAGGUGUAUGAGCCAGUGCUUAGUUUUGGUAUUGUUGGCCCUGAGGGCUAUCUCAUUGAACAUAAGAGUGCUAACUUCACCUGUCAGGGAAACGGCACAAUCAGUACUAUAAUGUGGAAGAAGGAUAAUGAGAUCCUAGAUGCGAGCAGCAGCAUCACAUUCUCGGAUGACAACAGAACAAUGGUGAUCAAUCCACUGAUGCGAUCAGACACUGGUGAUUACCAGUGUAUCUUGAGUAACCCCAUCAGCUCUAGCCCUGCCUAUUAUGGGAUUCUUGUUAACUAUGGGCCAGAUGUGAGGAUAUUGGGUGUACAGACAAUCGAGGAAGGCUCGGAUAUCCUCCUCCUCUGUUUCCCUGAUUCUGAGCCCAUUCCCAUUGUUAGAUGGACAGUGAACGGUGUGCCUUCUACAAACCCAUCCCUGUAUGUCACAGAGAACAGUAACCCAGGCGAUAGUGGGGAUUAUAACUGUACUUGCUCGAACCCUGUCACUGGGAUCACAGCCUCUGCAGUUCAUUAUAUCGCAGUGAGACCUGUGUCCUCUAGGCUUGCUCCUGGUGUAGAAGCAGGUAUUACACUGGGUAUUCUUGCCCUGGUGAUUUUGUCUGUUGCCAUUUAUUUCCUCGUAAAGCACUUCAGAAAACAGGCUAAACCUGAGAGAGACAGAACUGUACCAAUGGUAUCAAAUCAACAAACCAAUCAAACAGCUGGUCAUAUUAAUGUUGCAGCACAAGUGGACACAGCUGAUCAAAAUGCCAGGCCAUCGCAUCCUAUUUACCAAAAUAGACAACCAACUCCACCCCCUAGAGGUCGACUACCAAAGCUACCAGACAAGCAGACAGAUGAUACCAUGUAUUGCACUGCAAUAGGAUAAUUUCUAAGUAUUAGCUGCUGGCCCUCCAGGACAUCAUAUAUUUAGUAUCUUUCACUGGCAGAAUAAGAUGGCAGAAUAAAUAUCACCCAUUCCAGUUAUCUUUUAUCUCAUGUCUACCUUGAGUUGUUCUGUACACUUAAUAGAGGUGUUUAUGUAAAGUUAUAUAUAAUAAAUAUAAUAAGAUAUAAUAAAUAAUCUAGUAAAAACAACAUAACGAGUCACAUAUUUUUUAUAAUAUUUUUUAUAAUGCCCUACAUCUGCUAUUGGCACCUAUAUCAGGCUUUUUAACCUACUUUUUGUUUUUUACUUAAACAAUCAAUUACUUCGUUUGCUGCUUAUAUUUUUUAAACUAUGUUUAGUGGAUUAAAAUGAAGCCCAGGAUUUUUUCAUUAAUUCAUAGAAAGCUGAGCCAGAAAGCUUUAGUGAUGUGGAUCAGGCUCAGUAACCUUUGGCCAUUAAGUGAAUGAUAAGUUAUAUUGUAGUCUGCUGGUAAGUGAUCUACCCUAAGUGGUAAAUCAAGGCUCAAUAACAAGCACUGAUAACAGGUAGUAUGGUUUGAGUUUACAGGGACAAUGCACUGCCUUACACACACACACACACACACACACAUGGUUGUGUAAUAAAUCUGCUUACAGGAAAAUGUUAUACACUCAGUCAUAAAAAGUGAGUGUGACUGGUCUGCUAAUGACAGUGUUAAGUUGUGAAGCUUGUUUGGGCUCGAAAGAUUUUGUGGAAUGUUAAUGC